GUUCUUGGCUGUCAGACAGUUCAGAGUGAGACUCAGCUGCCAUCUUUGUGGAGGAACAACAGCUCUGUGACAAAGGCUUCCCAGCACUGCCCAGGGGACCCCAAAUGUUGAGGCAGGGAAGAAAUGGAAGAAAGCUAUGAAACAUUUGAAGAGGAGUUAUGGCCACCAAGAGCAGAUCCUCCUCCACAGAAACCUGUUAGGCAGAUCCACAAACCAGAAAUGUACGCUACCAGAAAAAUCAGAGAGGAAAUGGCUCCAGCUCCACAGCAGCCAGCACCAGAACCCAAGACUAUACCCAGAGAAGUCAUUUUCCCCAAACCAACAUCCUUGCACAAAACCUUGUCCGUUCAGAAUCCAACUCAGAUCGAAACCCCAUGGGAGAACGUCACCCUGAACCGCUGUUUGCUUGUGGCCAUUACCAUCCUGGUGCUCACCUCAGGUUUUCAGAGGCUCAAUGAAACCUUACGUGGUCACAAAGCAGUUGAAGAGGAAGAAACUGGUCUGACAAUGAGGCGAUCAGGCUCACUGCGACACAGAAGACCACUGCCAGAGCCUGAAACAUCUCUGUGGGAAGUCGUGUUUUGGUGGCUGCCUGACUUUGAUGACGAGGAAGAAGAGGAAGAUGACGAUGACGAUGGAGAGGUUAAAAGGGGAAAAUCAAAGAGAGGAGCAACAGCACGAGGAUUAAGAGCUCUGAGAAACAAACCACUGCCAGAUAAGAAACUCAUAAAGCAAAGAGACAAGAAAUUAAAGGACAGGAGAGCCACGAAAGCCAGAAAUGAAGAAAUCAAAGUAAAGAAAGGUAGAGACAAAAAAGGUGAUCCUGAAGAUGCAGGAGAUGAGGAGGCUGUUGCUAAGGAAAAUAAGAGGUCAGAGGAAAAGAAAGAAAAGAAAAAAAGUCCACAAGUAUAAUUUCACUCUAGUAGAAGCUAUUUUCUCAUCAGCUGGUAUGAUUUAUUAAUUAUUAAAAGGUGGCAAUUUUGUCAAAAUCUGAGCCUUAAAGCGUGCUUGCAAUUAAAUCUUCUGACACAAUUUUUAGUGCUGUGUUGUAGAUUUGGAUGCUUUCUGGUGGUUUGGUGUGUUAAAUGCUUUAUUUCAAACGGAGGCAUUUUGUUAGCCGAUUUGUUUUUCUGGUUCUGAAAGGUGGCACUGAAUAAAUUAUGCCCAUUCAAAUGCAGUUAAAAUGUCAACAGUGUGUCGCUAGAAGUGACUUUACGUGUCACGUGACUUCAUUUGUCCAGUUUAGCUUGUUGUAGAGCCACUAAAGAGAGCCCAGUUAAAAAACUGUCCUCACAGUAAAUUCAGGUUUUCACACUGAUAAGCAAAGCUGAGAUUCAAUAUUUAAAGAACAGUCAAGUAAUCUUUUGUUGUAAUAUCUUUGUAAAAUCAAAGACUCUUAUGACACAAACACUUUCUGUUUGUCCACAGCAUUUAAUUACAAAACCAUAAUCCUAAAAUACGAACUUCCAAUCACACCUCCAUAUCCAGAAUGUGGAUAUUAUUACAAAAGAGUGUGGUCAUAUUUAUGAUGCUGCAGUAAGAGACUGCCCUGCACAUUUACAUAAACCAAACAAAGAUUGAAAACUCCAAUAAACAUGAACUUUAACCCUUUGCAGAAAUAAUAAAACUAAACAUAACUGCAGUAUCUACAAGGAGAUGGACACUGUAAACAGGCAGGGCAGUGUGACUACACACCAUUGUAGAAAUCAAAGUAAAUCACUCAAAACAGAUCACUGGCCAGAGAUCAGUUAUUAGCUAAUGUAAGGCCCUCUGGAGGGGGUGGCCUCAUUGGCAUGGGGGGCAUGGGCA